AUCGCGCGAGCUUUCUUGGAUGAUGAAACGACAUUUUUUUCUAAAUAAUAACAGUUGAUUAAAAAAAUGUGAUUGAAAAUUUUAGUAAUAAAAAAAAAUAUUUCAUCUUAUAUAGUUGGUUAUUUUUUGUUAUUUCUAUAAUGUUUAUAUGAUGGUAACUAAAUGUUUCAGAAUUGGUUAAAACGAAAUAUAAUUGGGCAACAUUAAUUAAGAAUGUCAAAUGCAAUUGUAAUUGUUAGUGUUUUUUUAAUGAAAUCUACAAAAUGCGUAAAGAAUUCAUUUUAUUUUUACUAGGAAUAAUAUGUGUUUCUACACUUUCAUCCCUUUUAGGGGGAUAUGCGCACAUAGAAGCUGAUAAAGUGCUCUUAGAUACAGUUGUUGGGGCUGUUGGCGCAGGCAACUUUUCUUAUUGGCAAUUGGGCCACACCGGUCCAUUGCUGGUCGAAUUAACAUCUAUAACAGGCGAUGCAGAUCUUUAUGUGUCGGAUUCUGUAAGACCAAGUUAUGAAAUUGACAAAAACAAUUUCAGCUCUGCCACAUGUGGUCAAGAUCUUGUCAGCAUACCAGCAGACUUUCCAAGACCUAUAGGUAUUGGUGUUUUUGGCCACUGGUCCCACUACUUCUCUGAGUACAGCAUCCAAGUGUUCCUAGAUGCAUCUACUGCAUUCAGUGAUGAGCAACUACUGGCAGUUGAGAAACAUCAGCACAUCAAUGAGAAAGCAGAUACUGAGAAAAGGAACAAAGAGAAGCCGACAGCACGAAAAGCGGAGGAAGAGACCAAACCUAGGUUCCUGAAACUUCUUAACAUACUGGAUAUGAUUUUCGAGAUGUUCGUGCUGUGAUACUGUGUAACGCAGACUGUUUAACCAUUGAUAUAUUACUGUUCUCGUUAACCUUUGGUUUGUUUAA